AUGCCUGCUGCCAGGGUUGAAGAGGUCGGCGAGUCCUCGUCUUCAGCGGCAAAGAAGGCUUUGACAGCAAACACAAACGGCAACCCCAACUACGAACUGCCAUGGGUUGAGAAAUACCGCCCCAUCUUCCUCGACGACAUCGUCGGAAACGUAGAGACCAUCGAGCGCCUCAAGAUCAUAGCAAAAGAUGGCAACAUGCCGCACGUCAUCAUCAGCGGCAUGCCAGGCAUCGGAAAGACGACUAGCGUGCUCUGCCUGGCGCGCCAGCUGCUCGGCGACGCCUACAAGGAGGCAGUCCUGGAGCUCAACGCCUCGGACGAGCGUGGAAUCGACGUGGUGCGGAACCGGAUCAAGGGCUUCGCGCAGAAGAAGGUGACGCUCCCCGCGGGCCGCCAUAAGAUCGUCAUCCUGGACGAGGCCGACAGCAUGACGUCGGGCGCGCAGCAGGCGCUGAGGCGGACGAUGGAGAUCUACUCCAACACGACGCGCUUCGCCUUCGCGUGCAACCAGUCCAACAAGAUCAUCGAGCCGCUGCAGUCGCGGUGCGCGAUCCUGCGGUACGCGCGGCUCACGGACGGCCAGGUGGUCAAGCGCCUGAUGCAGAUCAUCGAGGCCGAGAAGGUCGAGUACAACGACGACGGCCUGGCGGCCCUGGUGUUCAGCGCCGAGGGCGACAUGCGGCAGGCCAUCAACAACCUGCAGUCUACGUGGGCCGGAUUUGGCAUGGUCUCGGGCGACAACGUCUUCAAGGUGGUGGAUUCGCCGCACCCUAUCAAGGUACAGGCGAUGCUGAAGGCUUGCUUCGAGGGCAACGUCGACUCGGCGCUGGACACGCUGAGGGAGCUGUGGGAUCUGGGCUACUCGAGCCAUGACAUUAUCAGCACCAUGUUCAAGGUCACCAAGACGAUCCCGACGCUCAGCGAGCACGCGAAGCUCGAGUUCAUCAGGGAGAUCGGCACAACCCACAUGAAGAUUCUGGAGGGCGUGCAGACACUACUGCAGCUGAGCGGCUGCGUCGUCCGGCUGUGCAAGCUGAAUAUGGACCCGAAGAAGUUCGAGGUCCCCAAGAAAUCGACAUGA